CAACGCGAGAAAAAUUAGUAUUUUUGCACUUCAACAAAUUAAUGACCAUGAGUUCGUUUUUGAUAAACUCCAACUACAUCGAGCCCAAAUUCCCGCCCUGCGAGGAGUAUUCGCAGCACAGCAGCGCCAGCAGCAGCAGCAGCACCUACCACCACCACCAGCAGCAGCAGCACCUGCACCAGCACCCCGCGCACCCGGGCCAGUCUCUCCCCGACUACUACCAGCGGCCCAGCAGAGACCCUGGAUACCAGCCACCGCCACCUCCUCCUCCUCCCGAGGCGCUCUACCCCGCGCAGCCACCCGGCUACCCCGAGGCACCCUACAGCUACAGCAGCGCCAGCGCCACCCCGGGCCAGGAGCAGCCACCCCCGGGCGCCUCUCCUCCACCGCCUCCACCACCACCACCACCGAAGGGGCACCAUGUCCAGUCCCAGCCCCUGCUCCAAAGCCACGUCCUGCAGCACCAGCGUCACUGCGAAGCAGCCCCCACCGCAGGGGCCGGGGCCAGCCCAGGCUGCCCCCUCCUGCCUGACAAGAGCCUGCUUGGCCUCAAAGGCAAAGAGCCCGUGGUCUACCCCUGGAUGAAGAAGAUCCAUGUGAGCACUGUCAAUCCCAAUUACACUGGAGGGGAACCCAAGAGGUCUCGAACUGCCUACACCAGACAACAAGUCUUAGAGCUGGAGAAGGAGUUCCAUUUUAACCGUUACCUGACCAGGAGGCGACGCAUUGAGAUAGCACACACACUUUGUCUCUCGGAGCGCCAGGUCAAGAUCUGGUUUCAGAACAGGAGGAUGAAAUGGAAGAAAGAUCACAAACUACCUAACACUAAGAUGCGCUCCUCAAACCCAUCCACUGCUAGUCAGCAAGCCAAAGCACAGACACAGGGCCACCACCAUCAACUCGAUGGGUCAACCCCCAACUCAUCAUCCCUAUCAUGAUUUUUAUAUUUGUUUUUUCGGUUGCCUAUGUUUGUUGUUGACCAUUUGGACCAAAACAACAGUAUACAGAAUCAGAAGAAACGUGCCCUGUACAGGGUACAUGUUGAAACCAAAACCUGGACAAAUUGUCUACAUUGUACAGACAUAAUGGUUCCAUUCCCAUCAUUCUUUUGUAUUUAUGAAAAUACGCUGUACCUUCAGUGUCACAGGGUGCUGGAUGCUGUAAUGGAUGAAUUAUGUACUCAAGAAGGACUCUUUUGUACAUAACACUUUAAAAAUAAAAUACAGUUAAAAUAAUAACUCAUGAGACACUUGGUGUAAGACAUUGACUUGAGUUGUGUUGUUUCGUGCAAUGUUCGUGGAUUCUCCAGUAUAUGCAGACAGAAGAAACCAAAUUUUAUGUCAUGGAGAUUUUUUGAAAACUGUCCCAUUACAGUCUGACAGGCAAUGUUUAAUGUAACAAGAAUUAUUUAAUUGUUUUCAAGCGUAUCCACUGCGGUAGUUGUGAUAUAAUCGUUUCCCCCAUGUCUCCUAUUGCAUUUAUUUAAAAAUAUUAAAGGCUGUUGCUGUCUUCAUAUCUGGCACGUCUAACUGUUUCGGUUUGUGUACAAUUUGUGAAUUUUGGUGUGAUGUAUAUAUUGCCAAUACUGGUAA